UUGUAUGGUAUGGGCAAAAAGUCAUAAUUUACCAAAAAGAAAACGUCUGAAUCUCUCUGUAUCUAAAAACCAUACCUGAAGAGUUCAUAUCAAACUAGAAAAGAGGGUCUCAAAUGGCUCCUUUAACUUCUCUUUCUCUCCCUAUAAAUAUAUUCAAAAUCCAAUCUUUUGGGACAUAUUGUCACAAGUACUAAAACAUUAUAUAUCUAUUAAUUCACAUCAUCCAAUAAUCUUCAAUACACUACUCAUACAUACAUACAUGGCUUUUCAAAGGCAUAAUUUGCUCUCAUUAAUUGUUAUGUUGCUAAUAUUUCUCAGCUCUUUAUUUGUAUCAUUUGGUCAAAUGGGCAAUUUAGAAGAAGUGGUAAAACUUCAUGAUAAUAAUCUUGUUGAGGAAACAUCUAAUAAUGAUUUUCUUCAACAAGCUUAUCCUUCUUACUUUGACAUGGUUGAUGAUGGUUCAAAGUUCAAAGGGAUUAUUAAUAUCAAGGAAAGUGUUGAUAUUUUAACUAUGGAGAAGAAAGUUGGUGAUCAAACUGAUUCAAAUAAGCUUAAGACUAUCAAUGUUAAUGAUUAUGGAGCUAAAGGGGGUGGAAAUGAUGACACUGAGGCUUUUUUGAAGGCUUGGAAGGCAGCUUGUUCAUCUAAAGGAGGAGCUUCCAUGGUUGUGCCUGAAAGCAAUACCUAUCUUUUAAAGCCAAUUAGAUUUUCAGGUCCUUGCAAGUCUAAAAACAUUAUAGUUCAGAUUUUGGGAACCAUAGAAGCUUCUAAUGAUUUAUCAGAUUACAAGAAAGAUGGAAGACAUUGGCUAAUCUUUGACAGAGUUCAAGGUUUAGUAAUUUCAGGUGGUGGAACCAUUAAUGGAAAUGGAAAGAUUUGGUGGGAAAACUCAUGCAAAAUUGAUAAAGAUAAGCCUUGCAAGGAUGCUCCAACGGCACUCACUUUCUACAACAGCAAGAAUUUGGUAGUGAAAGAUUUGAAUAUCCAAGAUUCACAACAAAUUCAUUUGUCUUUUGAAAAAUGUGUCAAUGUUCAAGCUUCCAAUCUUAAAAUAACUGCACCAGAAAAAAGCCCAAAUACUGAUGGAAUUCAUGUUACAAGAUCUCAAAACAUUCAGAUUUCGAACUCUGUUAUAGGAACUGGUGAUGACUGCAUUUCAAUUGUAACUGGCUCCCAAAAUGUACAAGCCACAGACAUAACCUGUGGACCUGGCCAUGGAAUCAGUAUUGGAAGUUUGGGAGCAAAAUCUUCAGAAGCUUAUGUCUCUGGUAUUACAGUCAACAGAGCUAAGCUUAUUGGUACUACAAAUGGGGUUAGAAUCAAAACAUGGCAGGGAGGAUCAGGAACUGCAACCAACAUAACAUUUGAGAAUAUAGAAAUGGAAAAUGUGGCUAAUCCCAUUAUAAUAGACCAAAACUAUUGUGACCAACAUAAACCAUGCAAAGAACAGAAAAGUGCUGUUCAAGUUAAAAAUGUGAUCUACAAGAGCAUAAGCGGGACAAGCGCAACCGAAGAGGCAAUAAAAUUCGAUUGCAGUGAGGUGUCUCCAUGUCAAGGGAUUGUGUUACAAGACAUUGAUCUGAAAUUGGAAGGUAAAGAAGGUGAAGAAGAACAAGUCAAAGCUGUGUGCACCAAUGUUAAAGUGUCCAAUAUUGGAACAGUUUCUCCACAAUGUUAUUGAGAGGAAAUAAAGGGUUUCAAAAUUAACACAAUUCAGAUAGUGAUUUGUAUGUUCUUACAUUCAUUAUUAUUCAUGGUUAUGUAGUUUCAGUUUGGUUUUUGGCUAGCUGCUGAGACUUCAUGGACCAUUAUUUCUCAUAUUGUAAUAAUAGCUUAGGCUGACUUUGGUUUGGUGAAUGCUAUACAAAAAUAAGAACAAAUUAAUCAUCUAUUAUUUGAUUGUAUCAAAAGAAAUAAUUAAUAAAUAAAUUUGUUUGUGAA